AUGGGAGUGUACACUACAAAACCACCAGACGGAGGAUGGGGAUGGCUAGUAGUAGCAGGAACAUUCAUUGUUUACGCACUUUCCUCUGGUUCCAUAAUGUCCUUCGGUGUCAUUUAUGUGGCGUUAUUGGACGCUUUCGGAGAAUCUAGGGCUAAAACAGCUCUUGUUGGAACUUUGACGUAUAUGGUAAUGGCUCUUGUGAAUCCCUAUACUGGUGCACUCUCAGAUCGUUUUGGUCAUCGCCCUGUAGUGGUAUGUGGUGGCGUCAUUGCAUCAGUAUCAUUGAUGCUGAGUUCCUUUUCUACAAGUUUAACUCAGAUGUAUAUUACUUUCGGUGUAAUGACAGGUCUUGGUUAUGGCUGUGCUCAUUUAGUAUCUCUUCAUAUAGUGAGCAAGUACUUCACAACUAAAUUACCCACAGCCACAGGAAUCGCUUUAUCUGGCAGUGGCUUUGGAAUAUUUUUAUUUUCCAUGGUGACACAGAAACUGUUGGACAUUUAUGGAUGGCGAGGUACAUUGAUGGUUCUGAGUGGGAUGGCUCUGAACAUCUGUGUUGCAGGAAUGUUAUUCAGACCCUUAAUUGUACGCAACACGGAAGAGGAUGUUGCAAUGCUUACCGAAAAACGGCAAGAAGACAGAACUGAAGUGGAACAGCGAAAUUUCACUACAAUCACACCAAUCUCAUUAUCAGUUUGGACUACUAAGUUUGCAUCGAUCAGGCGUACGGCAUCACAGAUCUACUAUUUUUUUGACGAGGUUUAUUGUUUUUCACUGUUGAAAUUGUUCCAAAUGUACCUCCUUCAGCUAAGCGUUUUCCUAUCAUGGGUUGCAAUCAUGAUUAUGAAAGGUCACGUGGUAAAACGAGCUAGAGAGUUUGGAAUUGGAGCCUUUCCCGCUGCAUCACUAGUUGCUGUAAUGGGUAUCAGUCAGACUAUUGGUCGCCCACUAGCUGGUAUCAUUGCCAAUCAGAAAGGAGUAAACCGAUUAUUAUUUUACCAGUCUUCCAUGGCAUUAAGUGGAGGAUGUAUGAUCGCUAGCAUCUAUGCCGACAGCUACCCCGGUCAAUUUGUUCUCGUUAUUUUUAAUGAUAUAUUUAAUGGAUUCACAACUACUUUGAUGAGUGUUCUCUGCAUACAGUAUUUCGGUGUGGAGAAAUUUAAGUACACGUAUUCUUUAUCGCAUACAAGUAUUGGGCUUGCAAUGCUUGUUGGUCCGGCCUUGGGAGGUGCAAUACGAGAUUCUACUGGUGCGUAUGUGUGGACUUUCUACCUUGGAGGUUUUUGUUUUCUAUUUGCCGCAUUUAUCAUGUGCUUUAUGCCAAUAGCCGGUCGAUGCCAAGCGCUUAAUACGGACAAUGACGCCAUGCGAACAACAACUUCUGUCGAUCACAAACCAACCUUGGUUAUUGUAGAAAAUGAGACAUCCGUAUAA